GUCCGGAGACUGGCGGCGGCAGCGGCGGCGGCGAAGGCGGCGGCGGCUGGAGCUCGAGCCCAGCAGCGGAGGGCGGGCGGGCGGCGCGGGAGGGCGGGGGCCGCUCCGCGACGCUGCGGACCGCGCUUCUCCUCUGAGCGGCGGCGCGCGCAGCUGUGGGGCGCCGGGGGCCAGCCCGUCCAUGACCAUGGGCGACAAGAAGAGCCCGACCAGGCCAAAAAGACAAGCGAAACCUGCCGCAGACGAAGGCUUUUGGGAUUGUAGCGUCUGCACCUUUAGGAACAGCGCCGAAGCCUUUAAAUGCAGCAUCUGCGAUGUGCGGAAAGGCACCUCCACCAGGAAACCUCGCAUCAAUUCUCAGCUGGUGGCACAGCAGGUGGCACAGCAGUACGCCACUCCACCUCCCCCUAAGAAGGAGAAGAAGGAGAAAGUCGAAAAGCCUGACAAAGAAAAGCCAGAGAAAGACAAGGACAUUAGCCCCAGUGUCACCAAGAAAAACACCAACAAGAAAACAAAACCAAAGUCUGAUAUUCUGAAAGAUCCUCCUAGUGAAGCUAACAGCAUACAAUCUGCUAACGCUACAACAAAGACCAGCGAAACAAACCACACCUCGAGGCCCCGGCUGAAGAAUGUGGACAGGAGCACCGCACAGCAGUUGGCAGUAACUGUGGGCAACGUCACCGUCAUUAUCACAGACUUUAAGGAAAAGACUCGCUCCUCCUCCACAUCCUCUUCCACAGUGACCUCCAGUGCAGGGUCAGAACAGCAGAACCAGAGCAGCUCGGGCUCAGAGAGCACAGACAAAGGCUCCUCCCGCUCCUCCACGCCAAAGGGCGACAUGUCAGCAGUAAAUGAUGAAUCUUUCUGAGAUUGCACAUGGAAUUGUGAAACUAUGAAUCAGGGUAUGAGAUUCAAACCCUCCACCUGCCCAUGCUGCUUGCACCCUGGAGAGUCUACUGUGGACGACCUUGUAGUGACGCUACCAGGAGAGGUUCUGCUUGCUGGGGGCAUCUGGCUACCAAGGAAUUUCGUACCCUGACAGUUACUCUUGACACUUUUAUGUAUUCCAUUGUUUUAUAUGAUUUUCCUAACAAUCAUUUAUAAUUGGAUGUGCUCCUGAAUCUACUUUUUAUAUAUAUAUAUAUAUAUAAAAAAAAAUCUGCUGUGCACAAUUUUCCAUGUACAUUACAACUGGUUUUGUUUCUGUUUUGUUGAAGAGGGUUGGGAGGGGGGAGGGAACUUUUAUUUAUUGUGUUCACAGACUCCAUCCUGUCAGCAUAUCCUCUUAAAUUUAGUUCUUUCUUCCAGCUAUACUCUGUACUAUCAGUUUUGAUAUAACUAUAUAUAUAAAUAUAAAAUUAUAUAUAAAGGGUUAUUUGAAACCAAUCCAUGGCAACGCUGGUGCUUGAUACACUGUGAAGUGAAUACAACAUUGAACAGUUGACACAGAUCUGGGACAGUCCCUUCUAUGAAAGUGCUGAAAUAUUAAAAUCAGUCUUACAUGAAGUAUGUUCCAACCUGCGUGGGAACUUGACUCUCUGAUCUGUCUUUAAGAGUACUGGAUAAUAUAAAAAAUAUAUUUUUUAAACAAUGUGAUCUCAAAUUUAAAGACUGCUCCAGAUAGCCUGCAUUUGCAAUGGGCUAAUCGGCAAAUGACAAGUGGUUCAGUUGGAGGGCUUUGACCAUUCGGAAGUAACAAGACUAGCUCCAGAAUGCCAAGUAUUCGUGUAAAUUAUGGUUACAUGUUAACAUUGCUGUUUUUAUUAAGCACUCAUGAAAAUAUGGUGUUCUGUAUCUCGAAUUCCGGCCCUUUUCCAGACCUCUGCUCACCCCGGAGGCAUAUCUAGCAGCUGUCUCUUAGUUCUAGGGUUGCGGUAGUGCAUUUUUGAAUCCACACACCCAGGGAAGCAGUCCCAGGUCUACUUUCCUUGUGGUAUUGCAGUUGUGGGUUUUGUGAUCAUGGCCUGUUUUGCUCCUCCACCCCUACCCCAUCCUCCAAAUCCUUACCCUACCAAUUCAGUUGUUGGUCUUUCUUCUUAAAACCUACUAUGGCUCAUCUUAUUAAACAAGGGUUGUCAACCUCACAUCCAGACCUGACUGACACAGAGAUCCUCCAGUCUCUGGAGUCAUUUCUUAGUUCCUUGUGUGGGAAAGGAUCGCAGGGGUACAUGGGCGGGUUGCAGGAAAGCUCACUUCCCAGGAGAGUGAAUGAACAGGUGUUCUUUGUUGACUGAACUCUGAAAGUUUUUCAUUUUUACCAUUUUAGGGGUGGGGGAUAGUCAAAGACCACUGAUAGUUUAUCACCCCGUCCCAUCCCAAGUCUGAGCGACUCUGCUUUGCUCUUAGAUUCAGGGUAUCUCUCCUACCUGACUUCACCUUCAUAGCCACCGAGUUUGUAGUGCUUGAGUCACGUUAAGCAUGGUGUUAACCUUCCUUUAGUUUGUCACACUCAAGGACUCAUUGGAGAGCGUGUAAGGAAGCACCAAAUCUUGGUGUUAAAAGAACCGGGUUUGCUUAAGAAUUUCUACGUGUGGAGGCAACAAGUUAAGAACAUAUUAACAGCUUGAAUUGAGUAGCCAACAGGAAUGGUUCCAUUCACAUUUACAUUAAAACCAGUCAUUUGAUGCGCCGGAGUCUGUCCACAAAGGCAGUGCUAUUUGUCAAUGGGCUCCUGUUCUCGACGCAUGGACAAUGCUCCCCUCUUUUUAAAACAGUGCUUGUGUCUGGGAUGCAAGCUGUACUUACCUUUUUAAAUACCUUUUUAAAGUAUUUAUUAAUGAACCAAAGGAAACCAGGUGCUUUCUGUAAGCAUCAGAAUAUAUAAUACAUAGUGAUUUGACUAUGAAUUUUAAAUCCACAUUUUAAUAUUAGUGGGGUAUUGCAAAGACAUUCCUUCUAAAGUUUUAAUAUUCCUUUUAUUAAGGGUCUCAGGGAGGGUUAAUUAGUCAGCCAUAUUUAUUUUCCAGAGGUGUAAGGAAUUGCUAAGUUUUUUAAUUAACUUUUUAAAAAAAUUAAAUGCCACCAAAUUCAUGUGGAUUGCACUGCUCUUUGAACCAGUAAGUGUUGGUAUGCACUUUGUUCAGAAACACUGUGUACUUUUUCAAAACGAGUUUCAUGUAAAGUGAUUGGACCCCCCUUAGAUUAGUGGAAAAGGCUGAUUUACCAGCUCCUCAUAGGCUACUAAUUCAUUCAUCGCUGGUGUCUUGGGUUUUCAGUUUUGCCUCCAUGAUAAAUUAAAGAAUGAGGAGAGGUGAAGGGAGGGAAGGGCCACUUCAGAACUAGUGGAGUGAACUUGCCUUGAGGUAGAAACUGCAGUGGUGGAGUCUAAGCAUUCAGAUGUCCCUGGCCGCCCUGUCUCGGCUGUCAUGGGCUGCGUUGGGGGAGAGAGGUGAUAGUGUCACACAAUGCCACCCUCAGGCAUGCACUCUGGAAAUGGAAUUCCUAUUAGCUUCCUGCAUUUACAGUUUGCCCUGCUAUAGUACUCCGUAGGUUAAAAACACUAGUGUAGCUUACAAAGAGACAUUAAGAGGACCAGAAAUACUUGGUAUUCGGUGGCACAGAAAGCAAGAUUAAAACAAGAAGCACAGUGUUAAGGCUUGCAAGUUUCCCGUGCAUUUAGUACAUGAUCUUUCACACUCGUGUGCACACAGCUGAGCUGACAUGCUCUGCCCGAGUCAUGCAGUUGGGAAGGGGGAAAAGACAUCUUGACACCCACGAGAAUACUUUAAUCAAAACCUUUCAGUUUGGAUCUGGAUACUUCAAAACAUUGGCAGACGCUUCUGUGAGUUUAGCUCCACUAAGAUGUCUCGCCUGCCUUAUUAAGACCAUUCUCAGUCUACAUUCUUAAGCUGCCGUAUCUUAAAUUAUUGAGAAUUUAUUAAUUGCUGAAUAUAUAAUAACCUUUGCUUGUAUGUUACCGAAAAUGGUUUAAGAGCCAACAUUUAGAGUGUGACAAUGGAGCUGAACAGUUUCUAACGCGCAAGCAGUUCUGUUCUUGUGUAUGACUUGUAACCUUAAUUUACUGUGUAAAGAUGGUUACAUUAUUUCCUUAGCUUUGUUUGUCGGAGACAGAUAGCGAAUGCUUGUUAAGUAUGUCAACAUAUUCUCCCCUCGUGAACUUUUGUUAAUGUCUUAUACGAGCUCUAUUUUCCAUUUGCCCAGAAAGAUGGCUUGUAUAACGCUUUGGAAGUUCCUGCUCCGUCCGUCUUAGAGCUGACAGUCUGUUAGGUUUGUUUUCUCUUCAUGCUAAAGUGUCAGUGGUUUUGUGAACUGGUCAGAAAUUCACAGGUCUUAAAUGUUUGGGGGAAAUUUAUAUUGGACACUGCUCUUUGUCUAGCAAAUAAAAGAUGUUAAUAUAUUCCUGUUAUUGGCAUGUGCACGACUGUUAUUAGAAGCCACUUUAUCAUUUUCCUGCUUUAAAUAGAAAUGUCUAUUUAUGAAUUCUGCUUGUAGUUUUUUCACAAAUAAAAUAGUAAAAUUUA